GUGCAAGUCUUUGAUAGGACUGGUAACUUUCUUAGUAAGUUUGGUAAACAAGGAAGUGGUGAUAAUCAGCUUAAACACCCUGAAGGUUUAUCAAUAAACGGUAACGGUGAUAUUAUUGUUGCUGAUUGGAAAAACAAAUUAAUCAAGAUAUUCUCUUCUAGUGGGGAGUAUUUACGUAAAUUUGGUGGAGCAGGUUCUUUGGUCUCUCCCAUUCACUGUAUCCAACACGGUCAAUAUUUUAUAGUCUCAGACGCUGGUGAUCAUUCCAUUAAAAUGUUUAAUCUUGAGGGAAAGUUUAUUUCUAAAUUUGGAAAACAGGGAAACAAGGAUGGAGAAUUCAAUGAGCCCCGUUACUUGUCAGUUAGCAAAGAAGGAUUGCUAAUGGUCUGUGAUGCAAAUAAUCACAGAGUUCAGGUAUUUGAACUGAGUGGAAAGUUUGUCACAAAGUUUGGAAGUGAAGGUAGUGAGAGAGGAAUGUUUAACUUUCCAAGGGCUACAGCAAGUCUUGGUGAU